UCGUUACAUGAGUAUGGCGGACGAAAUCUGUUAAUAAUGUCCCGAAAACAUGCCGGCAAGUUUUGACAAAAUUCCCACCAAGCACGUCAACACAACAUGACUCGUCGGGACGGAGAUGCAAUUAUAAAGAUGACGAGAUCAGAUCGUUCCGAUUCAGUCCCGACGAAGUAUUCUAUUGGGGGUGAAAAUGGGAGUGAUUCGAAAUCGUCCACGGCGAAACAUCCGGUUACGGACUCAAUAUCGUCCCGACCGCGGUCGGCCUCGAACUCCCUGCCGGGCUCCAGAGCCUCUUCACGGCCUGGUUCGCAGAUGACGUCUCGGGCGAAUAGCCAGGAAUCCAUCAUCGACCUGUUUGAUUGUAUGACACUUGCUCUCGGGCAAAAUGGACAUGAAGGAAAAGGAAUCCAUCUGAAGUAUCCCAAACCCAGACUUCUGUCCCAACCUCGCUGGUCAUGGGCGGACAAACUACGCAUCAACAGUGCCAUCUGGAGGAGCUGGCAUAUCCAAUUCGUGAAGAACAAGAAGCCCAUUGGCUGCCAUUUUGAUCCCCAGCUUCCGGAAACACGGCGCCCCACCCUUCAGGCUGACGCAAUUCAGAGUGGACGUGGAACGACUGGCAGCAUACAGUACAACCAAUCACAAGUUGGUUCCGUCCUCAGAGACUACAGAAAAUGGCGCCUCUAUCACCUGGAUUUAUCAACAACAACAACAAUAAAGCCGCCCGUAGCUUCAAGUUCACCGCCAGUAGACAAUGCAGAAGAGAAUGCGAUAGACUUGAAUAUGUCACACCCUCCGUUGUCCCCAAUGUCUGCCUGCACCCUAGCCAACGAGGACACCCUAAAGGAUUUCUCUGACACUCUCUUCAUCAGCAAGAAGAAACAUUUCUCUGUUCCACACCCCAAGAAAAUCACUCGUCAUGUAUACAAUGCCGACGUCAUCCAACCCGGAUUGAUGCAGUUGGAGCCAGACUUUGACGACGAUUUUAUGGACACUUUGGACUCAAUUCAAGACACUCUCAGUAAAACCCCAACCAAGUUUGACUUGCGUAGUCUGAUAGAGUUUCCAGAUAGUAUUAUAAACUCAGACAACAGUAUGAGUGCCUUCAACGACUCUAUGUCCCUUGGAACUUUCACGACCGUCAACGAGGAAAGGCCAGUGUCUUCUAAUCCAUCGACCUGUCCCUAUUUUGUCACGGGCGCCCCGAACCCUGCCACUGCCUCCCGAAGUCUUUCCUUCCCCACCUUGACGUCGUCGUCGACCCAACACUGGCCUCAAGUCAGCUACCAAGGAAGCUCCAAUCAAACCAAGACCAGUAACUACCCCUCUACAACGUCCAGCAGCUACGGGCAGAUGCCGCCCAUAUUCGAGGCAGUGGCGUCGGGGCCUGGAGUCACCGCAAUGCAAGUGGAUUCAUCUGCAAUGUAUGAAGUGUCCGCAAUGACAACUGGGUCAACUGUUUAUCACACAUCACAACCAUUGAAGCAGGAACCUCCGAGUCCAACAAUGGUCAAGAACCAACAGUGUUUGAAUUCUGGGGUAGAUAUAAACGACGCCAUCUACAUGCUAGCAGCUCAGUUACAACAACAACAGCAGCAAAGUGCUAAGCAACAAGAGGUAGGCUAUAAUUGGAAUCUUCCAUCUGAAGCUCAACCCGCAGCUGGCGUCGGCAGCAAUGAGACAUUCUGGAGGGAUGGGGCAAUGCAAGGGAACCCAGACGUGCAAGUCAGCGAGCCAUAUUCAAACCUCCCACAGUCUGUUCCCUCAACAGGAGUUAACUGGUCCUUCGCAGGUGGCUCUUCCGAUGUGUCCGUCACCAACGGCGUAUUCCCGCAGGGGAUCAUGUCUCAAGGAGGCCUGUCGAGCACCAACGCAGCUUUCAUCAAGAACGCUGGAGGGCUCCCUCACGGGAUCGUUUUGGACACCAUGGCACCAAUGGACCAGAAUGUGGUUUUCGGCGCAAUGUAUGCCACACCACAUAACACGCCUUCUCCCGGCAACACCACACCUGGUCACGUGACAUCAGGCCGAAGGACACCGGGUCAGGUGACCCCCGUCCAUGUGACCCCUGGUUAUAGAACCCCUGGUCAUGGGACGCCUGGUCAUGGGACGCCUGGUCAUGUGACACCUGGUCAUGUGACACCUGGUUAUGGGACACCCGGUCAUGUGACACCUGGUCAUGUGACACCCGGUCAUGUGACACCCGGUCAUGUGACACCCGGUCAUGUGACACCUGGUCAUGUGACACCAGGGUAUGUCACUCCAGGCCAUGUGACACCAGGUCAUGUGACGCCUGGUCACAUGACACCCUACUUGGCAGAGUCCAUGGAGUUUGAGCAGUAUUCCUACCAUCAAAUUCCAAAGACGACUGCAAGCACGUCAUCGUCAUAUAAGAUCAAAAGAGAACGCUCCCACAGUAGGAAGAAUUCCAACGAGAGAAGUCCCAGAGUUAGUCAAACUGUUGUGUUUGCAGACUCUGCAUCGUACGCUGCAUACAUGGGAAAGUCCGAGACUAAAGACCUUGGCAAACCUGAGGCUCGUACGGAGACGAAUUUGAGCCCCCUCCUGUUAACCAGCCACCACCCUUCCACGGCUUCCAGUGCUGCCUCAUCUCCUGGGAGCAUGACAGAAGGCACAGAGUUUGAUUUUCCAACACCACAAGCAAAGCGGAGGAAAACCCCAGACAGUAGUGGCGAAAAGGAAACACGACGUCGAUACAAACACCUUCAGUCGGAACACAAGCGUAGGUUCAACAUCCAAUCCGGUCUCGAUGAAAUCCAAAGAGUGGUCCCAAGCUUGAGGAAUGCCACUGAAUCAAACAAAAGUAGCACGGCAGGCAUGCUGCAGAAAGCCCAUGAGCACAUCGUCACGAUGAAACAUGAAGUUGAAGAUCUGAGGAACACCAGCGACAAACUUAAAGGAGAAGUUCUGUUGCUGAAGAAAGAAAUUGACACGUAUCAAGAUGAGUUACCAGACAGCGGGGCACCAGUGAACACUCAGAGUGACAGGCAGUUAAAGAAUAUGAUGGAGACAUACCUCCACAAAAGAAUGAAGAAAAACUGGAGGUUUUGGAUUUUCAGCCUGAUAGUGCGGCCGUUGUUUGACACCUACAUGAUGGCUGUAAGUUCGUCUCAAGUCAGUGAUUUUGACCGUGUAGUUCAUGAUUGGUCUGAGGAAUGCUGUCGGCUUAAACCACUUCGGAAGUUGGUAACGUCAGCUUUAACCGAUCUGAGUCGAGACACUUCAAUACUCAUGGAGCCAGGUCUUCUACAAACUGAAAUUCAAGAACUAAUAGCUAAAGAAACAAACCAAAAUUCACAUUUGAAGACGUAAUGGUUGCUGAAAUUAAACAAAAUUAGUAAAUUAAAACAGAUUUUUUAUAACAUAUUGAAAAUAUUUAUGAAGAGUCCUCAUCUUGAAGUUCUUUUUAAAAGCUAAAAUUAUAAAGAUAACGUAAGUCAAAUGUUAGUGUUAGUUUUUGUGACGUGAUAACUAAAACACCCCAUCAUUAUUUUAUUGGUUGCGUGACCCACUCCACAAGCAGGGCAUUUGGGGCUGACCAGGGUGAGCCCCUGUAAUGACG